AUGAAUCCUGACUUUUAUCAAUAUACAAUCUUAAAUAUAAAUCCUGAUGAUGAUUUAUAUGGUGAUGAAUUUCAUAUAAAACAAAGAUUAGGAAUAGGUGUUACUUCAAUCGCCUAUCUAUUAGUUAAUCAAGAUGAUGAUCAACCAGCUGCUACCCGAAUAUCUCGUGUAAUGAAAAUUUCUAAAGCUGCGAGCUAUGAAAGAAUUUUUAUGAACGAAAUAAAAAUAUUACAACAAUUAAAAGAAUUGACAAAUUCAAAUAAUUUUAAUUUAUUUUUUUCAAAUAUUAUAAAAUCGUCACCUGAAGGUAAAUUCAUAUUAGUUGAAAAUCAAUUGAUAUCUUUAACAUCAAUAAAUUUACAUCAAGCAGAACAACUUAUUAGCAUCAUUGAACAUUUAUAUAAAUGUGGUAUCAUUCAUCGAGAUAUACAACCACAAAACCUUAUGUUCGAUGAAACAGGUAAACAUUUAAAAUUGAUUGAUUUCGGUUUCGCUACAACAUUGGAAAAUAAUGAAAAUACAAAAGAAUUAGGAAUUGAAGAUGUUGUUUUAUAUGCUGGUCUAAAAUUUCUGGAACUUUAUUUACAAGCAAUACAUAAUGCGGCAAUCAUUCGUACAUAUAAAUAUGAAAGAACGUUUGAUCUAACAUGUGCAUUAAAUGUUAUAAUGUAUAUGAAGGAUGAAAAGAUUGCAAAUAAUUUCAAGUUAUUGAAAAAUUUAUCGCUUGUAGUAAGAGCUGCUGCCUCAUAUGAAUUUUGGUUUGUUGUAAAAGAGAAGAAUAAAAAUUAUAAUGGUUUAUUAAAUUUAAUCGACAAUUUAUCAGAUUUUGAAACUAUCAAGAAUCGUAUUAAAGUACUGUUCUAA